AUGUCGACUCAACCACCGCAGGUCCUGUCUCGCAGGACGAACGCUCCGGCUUCUGAGUCUACCAAGAGUAAAGCAACUGCCGACGGCGCGUCUCGCCCCGGUAAGAAGGGCUCGGCUGAGAAGCAUGCUGAGGCUCGGAGCACCAACGACGCAGACACGCCAAAGGCCCCAAAGACCAGAACUCCUCAUGAAGGCGAAAAGGUUAUCAUCCGACGGCUGCCUCCUGGAAUGACUGAGACCGAAUGCGUCUCUAUUCUGGGCUCUGAUUGGGCGGUGGGCAAUGGCAAGGUCGACUGGUUUUCAUACGCCCCUGGCAAAGUAUCUAGCGAGCUUUCAAAGCCAUCUCGUCCCGCUAGAGCAUACAUCCAUGUCAUGCGGAAGGACUACAUCAUGCCGCUAAGCGAAGUUGUUCGAAGUGCAACCUGGGAGGACGCCAAGUGCACCUUCAACAGCCCUUCUCUCAUCGGCCCCCCAGCCCUGGAAAUGUCCAUCUACAAAAAGGUGCCAGGGACAAAGAAGCGGGUAGACGCUCGUCAAGGAACUAUUGACCAAGACCCGGAAUUUAUGGCGUUUCUUGAAGGCCUCGCAAACCCCGUUCCACCCAGGGAAGGCAUCGAGAACGAGGACGUUGAGGAAGCACCAGAAGCCAAGGUUACCACCACGCCAUUGAUUGAGUAUUUGAAGGAAAAGAAGGCAAACAAAGCCAAGGAAGCUGCCGCUGCCAAGAGCGCGAAGCAUUCCAGACAAGAGACCACGACAGCCAAGGGCAAAUCCGGCUCUAAGGAGGAUGAGGGCUCUAAGAAGAAGAGCAAGGAUUCUAGGAGCUCCAAGGCUGAGAAGGCGGCCCCUAAGGAGCCCGUCAAGAUUCUCACUAAGAAAGCUGCUGCAGCUUCCUCUGAAAAGUCUGCCGAGGCCGCCAAACCGGCCGCAAGCCAGACCAGCACGAGCGGCAAUGCUAGUAGUACCACUGAAGCGCCAACCCCCAAGAGCCGCCGUGCCGGUGUUUCCAUUGCCGCCCGUAUGCUUCAGAGAGAUCUCGGUCUUAGUCCAGGUAGUGCCUAUCGACGAGCCCGACAAGAUGCUGCAAAGGCCGAAGCCGGUUCCAAAUCUUCGGCAACCGACAAAGAAAAUAAAGAAACAUCUAGCGCAGCAAACGAGAACCAACCAUCUCCCACACCAUCUUCAAACGAAACGGCGACAAAUGCCCAGACGCCCGCUAAGGACAGCGCUUCCAAGGCACAACAGUCAACUCGUAAGACCCGUGGCGGUAAGAACGCCGACAAGGCCAAGCCAUCGGAAGCAUCCGGAGGGCAGAACCCAACCGCAACUGCACCUGUCAUUCUCAAAAAGAAAAGUGCCGCCAGUGGCGACGCAGAUGCAUCAAAGCCCGCUGCUGAGACGGCCUCCAAGUCUGGUGCCGGCGCGGCAAACGGCCCCAAGAGUGCUUCUGCCAAAUCUGCAGGCUCCCAAAAGAAAUCUGCAGCGGCUGCAUCCGCCAACGCCACUCGCGGCUUUGUCAAGCACGCCAACUCUUCUCAGGGCAUCACGGAGCCCGUGUUGAAACAAGCCCUCGAGGUAUUUGGCACUAUUACGUUCAUCGAGGUGGAUAAGCGCAAGGGCUUUGCGUAUGUCGAUUUCGCAGACCACUCCAGCCUUGCCAAAGCCAUCUCAGCCAGCCCCAUUUCCGUCGCGCAAGGAACCGUCCAGGUCUUGGAGCGCAAGGAUAAGAAACCUGCCGCUCCUUCGUCGGGAAGUGGCAAUGCCGCCGCUGCCGCCGCUCCGUCUACAUCCAACACGGCUAGCAACGGCGCUGCCCCUGAAAAGAGCUCGGGCAGCGGACGCGGAAGACGUGGAAGAGGCGGCAAGGGGGCCGCUGCUACUAACGGCACUCCCAUUGCCGCGACGAGCGGUGGCUGA